GAGACCAUAUGGGCUCUGUUGUGUAGAAUUUGUAAGGGUAGUCUUUUUUGUAGAAGCUAUAGUUUGCCCAUAUGUGUCCUGUCAAGGACAAUUUUCGACUUGGGUAUUUCGAUAUAAAUGAGGCCGCUUUUGAAGUUCGCUGACGGAUUGAUUUUGGAUUGGAAGUUUUUAAAUGCAAGGGUUUGGCAUUUCUCUGGGAUUGGUAGUUUUUUUAGCAUAGUGUGGUUUGCGUAUAAAAAGGGAGUCGGAGUGCGGUGAGAAGUUAGUUGGUGAGGUGGUUGCUGGGAAGUUUGUUGGUUAAAAUUGUUCUGUUGUUAAGUACUCGUGAGCAAUGGUUGUAAUGGUUGAUACAAUUGUGAGUCGUGUAUGUUUCGAGUUGAAGCGUUGUGGUUUGAAACUGGAAUUCAGUUACGUAGUUGCAUUUUUCAUUUAUUGCUGGUGAUUCAGUUAACGCAAUCUUGCGCGCAAUCAAAUUCGCGUGUGUGUGCAUGUUCAAGUCUGUUGGAUAACACUACGGAUUUUUACGGGAUGGGUGAAUUUUGCUAAAUUUCCUGCGCGCCUUGCGGAUUGUUAUCCUUUGGCUACAAGGGUGGCUCGGGAAGAUUUAACCGUGACACCGUACCACGGAGAGGAAAGUGUCACGGAACGGGGAGCUGCUCGCGGCGACCUAAUCUUCUUGGGAAUCUUGCCUUCUCGAGGACGCAUUAGGUGGGUCUUUUUCCUGUCGUGCACGUAGUAUGGUCCGCGAUCAGCCUUGCCCACAUUGCCGAGUGUGUUUCACACAGGGAGCUGGAUUCGCUGCUCACACCAAAGCAUGUUCCCGCAAACAUGCCGCGGGUUUCUCCUCUGCUCAGCUUCCACCGCCUCCACCAGGACAACCUCGAAAACACCCGCUGCAGUCAUUUGUGGAGGGCGAUCGUUACCACAUCCCGAAAAGAGUCCCGAAAGCUGUGCGACGACAGUGUGCCCGGGUGUUGACGGAACUCAUUAGAAAAUGCACCCGCGACAAUUCAUCGGAGAGCUGGAUUGAUUUGUUGCUGUUCGCACCAACGGCCCUGUCGCUCCCUCCGACGAAAAGUUUACGUAGAGAGUCUCUCGCCGCCCAUAUCCGGAAAAACCUUGCCGAUCCGUCACUAGCGAAGCGCCAACCCGUUCCCCGCCGUGAUCUGCCCAAACACGAUGAGCUACCCCCCGACAGGUUACGCGCCCAAGUUACUUCCAUGCUUCAGGACGGAAACAUAAAGGGGGCAAUCAGAGUUGUGUUGGGCGAUGACAAGCUAGCUGAAAUAAAUGCUCGCACAAUUGAACUGUUGCGCGAUAAGCAUCCCCCCGCACCCGAUGACUGCCAGUUCCCUGCGGAUCCAGAUGACAGUAUAACACCGCCAGCAGUCACUCCAGUCGAGAUGAUGGCUACAGUUUUCAGCUUCCCAUCCGGUUCCGCUGGAGGUGUUUUCGGUCUACGCCCUCAGCACCUGAAGGACCUUCUCGUACGCAAGGACGACACGCAGAGCGAGCUGUGCUUAGCCCUAACCGAUCUGGCUACAAUGGUGUUAAGAAAGAAUAUUCCGGAAGAUGUGCGGCCAUACGUUUUUGGCGCCAAUUUAAUCCCGUUACUCAAGAAAGACGGCGGGAUACGGGCGAUCGCUGUGGGGGAAACAUUGCGCCGUUUAAUUUCAAAAACUCAUCAGCAGUCGCUGCGCUGACGAAGCAGCUGCAAUGUUCAACCCCGUGCAGCUCGGUUUUGGGAUACGAGGAGGAGCUGAGGCGGCUGUGCAUGCUGUGCGCACCUACGUGGAAACGACACACACUGAAGCCCGAGUGGUCGUGAAGCUGGACUUUUGCAAUGCGUUCACCACACUCCGCCGGGAUGUCCUACUCACUACUGUACUCGCGAGAUUUCCCGCCUGCUAUCGGUACAUCUGGCAGUCGUACCGUUAUCCUUCCCAUUUGUCUUGCGGUUCGUCUCAGUUGUCCUCUGAGACCGGCGUACAACAAGGAGAUCCAUACGGGCCACUCGGUUAUGGACUUGGUUCACUGCCCCUGUUUGAAAACCUAGACUGCGACAUUGCGGUGGGCUUUCUGGAUGAUGUCACUCUGGCCGGCCAGGCGGAUAAAGUUAUCGCGGCAGUACGCACUAUUAUUGCCCGCGGUUUCAAAAUGGGGUUAGAGCUCAAUCUGGGAAAAUGUGAAAUCUACAGCGUAGGAAGUUUUACUGCGGAUCGCUUGCACGCCAUACGGAAAGUUCUUGACACAUUUCCUGGAAUGGUAGUCGCGAAGGAAGAAGACCUAGUGUUGUUGGGCGCGCCUUUAACGUCGGCAGCAUGCGAAAUAUUCUUACAGAGUAAAACCGUACAGCUGGAUCAUUUCCUGCGCCGGCUGAAGAAUAUCCCAGCUCAUUUUAGCCUAUAUCUACUCAAAAAUUGCCUGUUCAUACCAAAACUGCUGUAUGGAUUUCGCACAGCGAGAUGUUAUGAACAUAUGCCCUUAAUGGAAACGAUGGAUAAGUGUAUGCGCGCUGGCUUGUCAUCCAUUUUGAAUAUCCGGGUGAACGAUAUGCAGUGGAGUCAAAUGACGCUUCCGGUGAGAGACGGUGGAUUAGGACUUCGCGCCACUAAAUCGCUAGUUUUACCUGCCUUCCUGGCAUCGGCGUAUUCAGUGGCCAGCCUGGUGUCCUCCAUCUACCCGUCAACGAAUGAAGCGCAUCUAGCAUCUGCCGUGCAGCAGUGGGCGACGCAGACCAGAAGUGAGCCUCCGACUGACAACGCCAGGAAGUUUCAGACCGCAUGGGAUCGUCCGGCGAUCGAUCACGUGGUAUCAACACUGCGACUAGCCGCAACCACCGAAACGGAUAAAGCAGUGCUGCUGGCUGCCUUAAACCGGGACUCUGGCGCUUGGCUUAAUGCUCUCCCUGCACCAAGUCUCCAUACAUUCUUACGUGACGAUGAAGUUAGAAUCGGCGUCGCACUACGGUUCGGCCUUCAUGUUGUUGAGGAGCACAACUGUGUGAAUUGUGCCAGUCGUGAAACUAAUGGCCACCAUGGGCUGUCAUGUUCAAGCAGCAAAGGACGAUGGUCUCGGCAUCUCGAGCUGAAUAGCGAAACGAAACGGAAACCGCGGGCUUUCCUUGCCAGAUGGAGCCAUCCGGAUUGUCAGACAAGACUAAUCAGCGCCCGGACGGCAUGACGCUGAUACCCGUGCGUGAUGGAAAAGCGGUAGUCUCGGAUGCUACCUGUUGGGACACCGUGGCUAUGUCGCACGUGAAAGCCAGCUCGAAAGAAGUCAGGCUGCGUGGCCCAGCUAGCAGAAGACUUUAAGCGGCGGAAGUACGGCUUUGUAGAGGAUAUGGGAUACAUGUUCUACCCUCUCGCAGUAGAAACAUUUGGAACUUUUGGGCCUGCCUUUGCUGAGAUGAUACGCUUCGUCGGUAGGAAAAUCCGCGAUUUAACCGGCGAAUCUCGAUCCACUGCCUUCCUUAGACAACGUUUCAGUCUCGCUGUUGUUAGGAGGAAAUGCGGGCG